UCCCAUGUUUUCUGACCUAUGUAAUUAGUCCGGGAAAUAAACAUAAAAGCUUAACUGUCAACGGAGAUGUUAUUUUCUGCGCACAUUUUUCUUGGUUUUGAGCCCAUAACAGACAUGAGUUAAAUCACUGAGCGCAGAGGAAUAUGGACGGAGGGGGACUGGAUGAGGAGUUCAUAAACGUUUACCCAUCUGCCUUCGGGAGUCACUCAAGCCGGUGUACAUCAGGAGCGCCGGGACUCUCCGCUGUCGAUCGACCGACUUCUGUUUGCAAUGAGUCUAUCAGUCCUUACUUUUCUUUUCCAUCCAAUAUCGGCACCGGCUCCUUAGUCACGUUUGGAUGCCAUUUGGAAAACAGUUACAAAGUUCCACAGAACGCCGUGUUCCCGCCUAGUGUUGCGAAGCAAAACGGACAGUUCGCCAAUAAACCCGUGGACUAUGCUGAAGCCUCCAGCUGGCUUAAAGAGUUCGCUUUCUAUCAAGGUUGCACGGGCUCCUAUCCGAGAAUCCCUGCCUUUAUUGAUCUACCUGUGGUUCAGAGAGCAAUGGUGGGAGAUCCUAGACGUGAGACUUGUUUGACAAUGGAAGGCCACCAACAUUGGGACUGGUCAAACAAUUGCAGCAGUCAACUUUAUUGCUCUCAGGACCAGACGCGGAGCCCGCAUAUCUGGAAACCAUCAUUAACAGAGGAAGCAGCAGCGGCUUCGUUCUGUCAGCGCGGGAGAAAGAAGCGGGUUCCUUACACAAAAUCUCAGCUGAAAGAGCUCGAGCGUGAAUACAACACCGCUAAGUUCAUUACAAAGGAGAACAGACGGCGGAUCGCUUCUUCGACCAACCUGUCUGAGAGACAAGUAACUAUAUGGUUUCAAAACCGACGGGUCAAGGAUAAGAAGAGACCUGACGUCUGCAUCAAAUGCUAAUCCUAAUGAUAUCUUUGUAGAAUUGGUUAAUAUAAAGUAUAAAUUAUAGUCAAAUGUAAAGUACAAUCAUAAGUAAACUGUUAUUAUUAUUUGUCAAUCAGUUAAUUCUCCCGCCAUAUUCCUGUUUCCCACUCAAAAUGUUAUAGUCUAUAUUUUCUUUAAUUUGAGUGUGUACCAUAGUUGUUUAUAUCAGACUUUUACGU